AUGGGUAAUAGUAACGGCAAGCCCGUGGUCUUCACGGAUGAAGUGAACCUGAACCACUUCAGACUACUUAGAGUUGUUGGUAAGGGAGCUUUCGGUAAGGUUCGAAUCGUUGAACGGAAGGACACAGGCUUGACCUUUGCCUUAAAAUACAUAAGAAAAGAUGAGGUUGUGAGGUCAGAAAGUGUCCGGAACAUAAUACGUGAAAGACGAAUGCUGGAGCAUCUCAACCAUCCCUUUAUUUGCAAUUUACGAUACAGCUUUCAAGAUGUCGAGUAUCUGUACAUUGUUGUUGAUUUGAUGAAUGGAGGUGAUCUAAGAUUUCACAUAAAUCGAAAGUCGUUUACAGAAGAUGCCGUACGAUUCUGGAUGGCAGAGAUCGCAUGUGCAUUGGUUUACACCCACAAGAGGCUGAUUGUUCACAGAGACGUCAAGCCUGAUAACAUACUUCUCGAUUCUGAUGGACACGUUCACCUUGCUGACUUCAACGUCGCUUCGGAUAUCCAACCAGAUAGGCCUUUAACAAGCAAGUCGGGAACGUUGGCAUAUCUAGCUCCUGAAGUCUAUGCUGGAAAGGGGUACGGGAUAGCUGUAGAUUGGUGGUCUUUAGGUGUAGUAUUUUAUGAGUGUAUUUACGGCAAACGACCGUUUAUAUCCGAUUCCCAUGAAGAACUAGCAAAGGAGAUUAUGCGAGCGAGCCCGCAUUACCCUGUCACCAGUCCGCCAGUCUCGACACAAUGCAUGAGUGCUAUCCGCUCACUCCUCGACCCAGACCCGAAAUAUCGAUUGGGAGCAGCGGGAUUUGAAACAUUCCAAAACCAUCCGUUCUUCGAAAAGAUCGACUUCGAGGCAUUGAUGCGGAAGGAAAUCGAACCUGUUUUCGUUCCUUCCCGCGAUAAGACUAACUUUGAUGCGACUUACGAUUUGGAGGAACUUUUAUUAGAGGAGGCACCAUUAGAAGCUAGGGCGAGACGACAAAAACCUCGGGAGCAGUUGAAGGAAGACGCUACACCCCAGGAAGUCCGGACUGAGGAGCUCCAUCGGAUGAUAGAAACCCUGUUUGAGCCCUUUGACUAUACUCUAGCGCAAUAUGACAAAAGAUAUCCUGGAACAGUAGACCCGGUCACGAAAUCGGUCGGCCCCGUUCCAGAUUGGGUGAAACCAGCCUCUGAAGACCGACCACGACCGGUUGUAAUCGGAGCGGCGACAUCAGGCGAAAACUGUCAGAACGAUAAGUCAAGAGUUGUUUCGCCAUCCCCAAGUGGCUCGCCGCCGAUACCAACGACCGUCAAUGCAAAGGACGAACCCAGCCGGCCGCCGACCAGCAACUCGAUGCAUGACUUGCACAGGUCACAUACAACUCCGAAUUCCGUCCCACCCGUACCACCAUUGCCUGGACACGCCGUCCCAAGUAAUGGUAGGACGCAAUCGUCGACGGGUGGCGUUCAAGUGGUCCUUAAUCCAACGGGAUCAUGGAGCAACAUCAAUAAUCAGGAAGCGGUACAAACAUCGAUGAGCAAGGAUCAAAAGAAACCGUCUGGUAUGCUCGGUUUUCUAUCGAAGAGGAAAGGCAGGGGUGCUAGCCCCAAACCUCAGGAACGCGGCGUGUUAGGACGGGAGGGCGCUCGCCAGAUCAUAGGUUAG